AAUGAAAUGCGAAGUAAAAACUGUAAAGCUCAAAAUAAUAGGACUCACUGAUUUAAAUAAAAUAAUCAGAAAUUCUUCUUAUCAAAUAAAAGUUUAUUUUGGAGGUGCAAGAUAAUUAACUAAAAUAUUAAAUUACUAUGUAGGUAUUUAAUCUAACCUUAAGACUAGCUACUGAAUAAAUUGAAAUUAAUUAGAAUUUUGAAUUGAGUAGUAUUCAUGGAAAACAAUUAUAAUUUUGGUUAUUUGAUAAAUUGAAAAAUAAGUUUAUUGGAGCAGGUUCAUUUGAAUUGACUGAGGUUGAGGGAUUUCAAUUAUUAGAUUUAAAAAUUGAUACAAUUAUCACAUGCGUUUUGAUGUUUGAAUUAACUGUUGAAGUUUAGAAUAUUUAUUAGCCUGUUAUUUUAGAGGAUGAUAAUAUUAUUUUGAAGAAAGAUGAUUCUGAAGAGAAGAGAAAAGAAUUAGAAAGAUUAGAAUAAGAAGAAAAACUUAAAAAAUAAUAGGAGGAAGAAAGAAGAUUAUUAUAAAAUUAAAAUAAAGUUUCAAUUGUCACAUUAACAAAUAGAUAUGUUGAAGAUUAAUCUUAUUAUUGA